AGCAUUAAGAAAAUUCAACUGCAAUUUGGGAUUAGACAAAAUACUCUUAUUACAAAAGCUCGGUGCAACUUGAUAACUUGAUACUUGUUCGGGGCUUUAUCUGAGGCUUUUACUCCCAUCCAGAGGAGAGGAGGAGGAGGAGGAGGAAGAAAACACCAAAUGUUGGAGACUUUGGUUUUGUCAGGAACAUAUUUGAUGAAUGGAUUUUGUGCAUAAUUUACCAGAGUCUGUGUGCGUGCGCGUGCGCGCGCUGGGCUGAAGGUAUUUCGGCCUUUAGAACACGUGCACGGUCGGAGCUCAGGUGGAUUUGAACACCUGCUCACUUUAAAAAUACCUUUUAUUUGUACGUUUUUAUUAAGUAACUGCUGUUUAUUUAAAAGGCUUAGCAUGUAGCAUGUAGCACCCAGUGGUAGGUACAUGGAUGUUAGCCUCCAGCUAGUCAAACAUGAUGGUCCAACAUGGAGCCUUCCUCACAGAAGACCUCCAGAUGUCGAGGUUCGUUCCACUUGUAUUUCCCAAAACACACCAGAAGGGGAAACCAGGGCGUAAUAUGAGGCUAAUAAGAGGCCAAUAAGAGGCUAAUAGGAGGCUAUUAAGAGGCUAAUAAAAGGCUAGGCUAAGACUCGUCAGGUGUAGAAGAAGAAAGUUUGAAACCAAGAUGGCCGCUCGUCAGGUCCAGGUAACUUGGACACCCCUGCCCCGUCGCCAAGCUGCAGCACCGGGGGAAACCGAACCCUUGGCCUGAGCUGGAGCUGCGUGGAGCCGUGACCGCCUGUAGCAUGAUGUCCUACCUCAAACAGCCCCCAUAUGGCGUCAACGGCCUGGGGCUGAGCGGAGCUGCCAUGGACCUGCUGCACCCGUCUGUGGGCUACCCAGCGACUCCUCGGAAGCAGCGGAGGGAGCGCACUACUUUCACCCGCUCACAGCUCGAUGUUCUGGAGGCGCUGUUCGCCAAGACCCGGUACCCGGACAUCUUCAUGAGGGAAGAGGUGGCGCUGAAGAUCAACCUGCCGGAGUCCAGAGUUCAGGUGUGGUUCAAGAACCGCAGGGCCAAGUGUCGCCAGCAGCAGCAGAGCGGCAGCAGCGCCAAAGCCAGGCCGCCCAAGAAGAAGUCCUCGCCGGCCCGGGAGAGCACGGGCUCAGAGAGCAGCGGUCAGUUCACGCCGCCCGCGGUGUCCAGCACCGGCUCGUCCUCCUCCUCGUCCUCCUCCACCAACCACACGGGCCCGGCGGCGCUCAGCAGCAGCACCUCUACCUCCAUCAGCACCGUCUCCUCCAUCUGGAGCCCAGCCAUCUCACCGGGAAACGCCCCGGCCCCGGCCGUGGCCCCGCUCCCUGAGCCCGGACCCCCGUCCAACGCCUCCUGCAUGCAGAGGUCCAUGUCGGGCUCGGCGGCGACCGCCACCUCCUACCCCAUGUCCUACAACCAGACGCCGGGCUACGGUCAGGGCUACCCCGCUCCGUCCAGCUCCUACUUCAGUGGCAUGGACUGUGGAUCCUAUUUGGCCCCCAUGCACUCCCACCACCACCCCCACCAACUCAGCCCCAUGACGGCCUCCUCCAUGUCAGGGCACCCGCACCACCACAUCAGUCAGUCCUCAGGCCACCACCACCAUCACCACCACCACCAGCACCACCACCAGGCCUACGGCGGCUCCGGCCUGGCCUUCAACUCCUCCGACUGCCUGGAUUACAAAGAGCAGAGCGCGGCCUCCUCGUGGAAACUCAACUUUAACGCCACGGACUGCUUGGACUACAAAGACCAGGCCUCCUGGAGGUUCCAAGUCUUGUGAUCUGGCUUUUUUCCCCCCACUCUGUUCCCUCCUCUCUGAUUUCAGCCUCUCGCUUGUUGUUGUUUUUUUUUUUUUAAAGACAUUGAAAAAAAGUUUAUGAACCGUAAGACAAAAUAAAAAAGAAACCAAGAAGAAGACGGGAAGGUUCUGUAGUCGGACUCUCUGGUCCUCCGAGUUCUCGGUUUUUUUAUCUGACAAGAGAAAGAGAAAAAAAAAACAGUUCCUUCAGUCCCACAAGGAGGAGUUCACCUGAAGAAGAAGAUUCCUGUUUGGAUGAGCUAAAGAAAAAACAAACUGAAACAAAAAACCCCACAAAUGGUUAAUUUUAGCUAAACUUCUGUGACCUUUGACCUGCUCUCUCUGGAUGGGAGGAGGGAUUUUCACGCAGCUGCACCUACGGGACCCGCCUCUCUUUUACCUCCUGGCCAAUCAGAUCCUGUACAGUUUUUAUUUCUGCAAAUUUGUUAUUUUAGGAUGACAGAGAUUUUUAGUCAGCUGCUGUCUGGAGCUGAAAUCUGUAAAUAUGUAUUUGGGUCAGUUCCAGUGACCUUGUUUAGUUGGUGUUCAUUUUACCUUGAAUUUUAAAAUUGUUUAUUUACCACUUUGAGAGAUAAAAAGUAAAAAAAAAAAAAAAAAAAUUACACACAUAAAGAAACUGUAUGUAAAUCUUUUCAAAUAUUCCAAAGAGAACAGAAUUGGCCACUGAGUCCAGAGUUUUAUCCACUGUUUCACUGAAAAGAAUGUUUUGGCUCUUUGAGAAAAAAAGAAAAAGAAAAAAAAAAAAAGAAACUUCCUGGGAAACUUCAUCUCUAAAUCUAGCUGCAGAAAUAUUCCUGAAGAAUCUUUCCCAGAUAUUAUAACGACCCUAAUAAUAAUAAUAAUAAUAAUAAUAAAUUAUUAUUAUUAUUCCAGCCUCUGCAUUUUCAGACCAGACUUCCUCUCUUGGGCAACGUUGUGAUUAUUGGAUGUUUGAACCGCAGCACUUGGCUUGAUCUGGAGUCAAAGCAUCUUUUUUUUUUUUUACUUUUACUAUAUUAAUUAUAAUUCUUGGAGAGGAAAUGUGGAUUGUUGGCUCCAAAAGAUGACAGUGAGAUGUUGAAUGUAUCUUUACGAGGCGACCACCCUGACAUACAUACAUGUUCAUCCAAUAAAGAUCCGUUAUAAGUCACA